AUGCCCCCCGACUCCGACUCCGACACCACCUGCACCUCCACCUCCACCUCCUGCCUCCCCUCCACCUUCAGCAUCCCCACCCUCCUCGCCCUAACCCCCUUCCUCCUCACCUUCUUCCUCGUCUUCUCCAUCUCCCUAACCAAACUCUUCCCCCACCUCGCCUCCCUCCAGUCUCGCGUCUCCUCCUCAGCUUCAUCAGGCAUCUCCGACGGGGAAGACCACUUCCUUCCUGCGUCUGCGCCCUUGUCGCUACGUCAAGCGCACGAGGAGCACGCGAGCAAGUCGCCCCGGCGGAAAAUCGCCGCCUACACUUUUGCUGGGACACUAGGGUUGAGCGCGGUGCUGGCGGAACUGAUACUAGCUGAGGUGGCAGAGGCGAUACCAACGGCGAGGACGGUGGGGUUGAGGGUUACUGUUCCGACUUUGUUGGUUUUGCUGGUGGGGGUUAUACCAUUUCUGGAGGUACAAUCUGUUGUUGGGGGGGGGGGGUUGGGGUUGCGGUUGGGGAGGGAUGGGAGGGGGAAGAGGAGUAGGGUUGCUUGGGGGUUGCAGAUGGGGGUUUUUGGGGGGUGGCUGGUUUGUUUUUGGUGGUUGGGGAGGGUUGUGGGGGGGGGGACUGGGGAUGCUGGGGAAGCUGGGGGGUGGAUGGGGCGGAUUACGGGUGUGGUUCAGAGGACCAGGGUUGAUGGUGGGAUGCCAGGAGGGGGGGAGAGUGGUGGUGGACUGUCGAGGGCGUGUUUGGAAAGGAUAGGGGUUAUUGGUAUAUUGAGCAUGGCGCUGCUGUCGGGGUUUGCGAGCGUGAGCAGCCCGUGGCAUAUCUUUAGUGAUAACCGGGCGUAUAAACGGCGGCCGAUUACGGAUACGGAUAUUGCGAGGAAGCAAGCUGGUUUGGAUGCGACGAGUGAGUUGCUGGUUACGAAGAAACAUCGGUUGAGGAGUCUGCAGCGGAAGGCGCAGAUGGCGGAGGGGGGAUCAAAUGGCAUCAUGGGGAAGGUCUUGGGCGGGAUCAAGGCUGUGACUGGGGGAAUGGGGACGAGUGCUGAACAAGCAGAGAUUAAAGCCCUACAAAUGGAAAUCUCGGGUCUGGAGACUAUGGAGGCGAAUCUGGCGGGGAGUCUGGCGCAGCUGAAGGCACGGCAGAAGGCUCACGCGAGGGAUGGGACGGUGGUGGGGAGGGUGUUGGCGGUGCCGCAGUAUGUUUUUGCGGGGUAUUGCGUGUAUCGCAUUCUUGCUACAGUUCUUACCACGCUCAAACGGAACCUGAGUUCUUACCCGUCGUCGCUUUACUCGCCUUCUUUCUCGUCGUCGGACCCGAUUUCCCGGUUUCUGGGCCUGCUGGCAAAACAUUGGGACCCGAAACUGGAUCAACUCGCCUGGGCGCGUCAGAUCUCUUUUUUGUUGUCGGGUGUCAUACUGGCGGCGAGCGCGAAUUCGGUCCUGCAGACGUUUAGGUUGUUUACGAAGUGGAUUCCGGGGGUGCUGUAUCAAGCCCAAGCGAACUUGGCGUUGCUGAUAGGGCAGAUCGCGGCGACGUAUGUGAUUUCGGCGGCGUUGUUGCUGAGGAGUAGUUUGCCGAAGGAGGUGGGCAGGUCGGUGGGGGAUGCGUUGGAGAGCGCGCUGGAGCCGGCGUUUGUGGAUCGGUGGUUUGAGGGGUGGUUUUUGGUUGCGAGCGGGUUGACUGCUGGGGGUAUUUGGGUUGGGAGACGGGUGAGUGGUGGUGGUGGGCUGGGGGAGUUGGGGGAGGAGUGGGAUGAUUUUGCGGGGGAGGAGAUGGGGCAGAAGAGGUCGUGA